CGACACACGACCGUCGGCUCCGGCAGUCGGCACUCGGCGGUUGCCAGACUGCCAGUUUGUCCGCGACCUCCUCCACUCACGAUCGCGUCUGCCAGUGCCAACAUUUUCAGGGACGCGAAAAAUUGCUUUUGUGUGCUUGAAUGUGAUUUACUUUUAGUGAUGUGUUUGGUUAAAGUUGCGGAAUUUUGAAGGAUUUUUUUAAAAGAGGUCCCAUGUGCGCGUGCGCAGAACAUCAUGUCCGCCGUGAUGAGCACGCUUUCCAUGAUCAGCGGUGGACGACGCGCGCACCGGAAACUCGCCAGCUCUCGUAAGUCGGGGCAGUUCUCUGACGCGGGCGAGGAGCGCAGUCGCAGCCAACAUGAUCUCAACAAACAGCAGCGAUCCGCUUCACUCCAAACCCUGGAGCCGGGAGUCGUUAACCUCGAGAAUCUGGAAGCCAAGAUGGCGAGCAUCGAGGUGUCCCUGGCGGGCUCGCGCCGGCGCAGCGCGGGCGCACGAGACGUGUCGAGAGAGCUAGACACGCUGCGGGCCGCUCUCACUGACAAGGACACACUGAUACAAAAUCUAAAGAAACAACUCAGCGCGUCUCUCAGCGCAGCGCGCUUGGCCGCGCAGGCCUCGUCGCCGUGCACGAGUCCGCGCGAAGAGGCGCCGGCGCUGUCGCAGGACGACCGGCGAGCGCUGGAGGAGCGCGCCGGCGCCGUGCGCGCCGAGCUGGACUCGAGGCGCGCCAACAUGCAGGAGCUGAAACGUCGCUUGGACAAGACGCAUGUCACCGAGAACAUAGACACGCGAAUAGAGCAGGCGGAGCUGCAGUACGCGGUGGGCCGCGAGGAGCUGGAGCUGCUGACGCUGGGCGAGCAGGCGCGCGCGCUGGCCGUGCUCAUCGAGCAAGCCGACGCCGCGCACCGCACCUCGCUGUACAGUACGAUGCGCGAGUACGGCGGCUUCGCGACGCUGGUGUCGGCGGAGGUGCGCGAGGGCGCCUGGAACGCCGCGCCGCGGGGCGCCGGGCUCGUCGUCGAGUGGGCGGACAACCCCGCCGUCAAACCCGGAGACAGAAUUUUGGAAGUGAACGGCACUUCGGUGUUGUGCUGCAGCCACGAGGAGCUGCGCCGCAGCGCCGCGCCGCCGCCCGCGCGCCUCGUGCUGCUGCGCGCGCACGCCGCGCCGCCCGCGCCGCCCGCGCCUCCCUUCACACAGAAGGAGGCGGCGUCGCUGCGGGCGGAGCUGGCGGGCCUGCGCGCCGCGGCCGAGCUGGCGGAGCGCGCCAAGGACGGGCUGCGCUCCGACAACACGCGCCUCACGCAUCGCAUCUCCUACCUCGAGGACCAGGUGGCCGAGCUGCUGGACCGGCAUCCGCAACUCCAUACCGUGAGCAGUAACGACAGCUGUAUAACAGUGAAUAAAACCAAGAAGAACGUGACCAACAUCAACAUUACUACAGAGCCGCAGGUUCCGACUAAAACGAGUCCCAAGUCUGAGGUGCAAGUAUUCCAAAAGGGACCAGACAUUACAGCCAUCGUGGCGAAGCUUCCAGGGCUGGAUGCCGGUGAAGCCAAUCUGCCCGUGGUGCGACCCAGAUCGAACGCCUCGGGCGCCUCGUCUAGAGUGGCCACGUCCCCGAGGACAUCACCAACACCGAAUCGUAGAUCACACAGUUCGCAUAGUUUAGAACAUAGAGCUGGCCGCAUGCGCCACUCACUCUCGCACCACUGCAUCCACGACUACAGCACGGAAACCGAUGCAGCCAUUCGGAUGAUAGAACGAAAUCAAAGGCACAUGGAGAAGCAGCGCGUGAAGACCGACCGGUACAAUAGCAGUAGAUCGAGGGAGGAGACUUUUAGAUCCGACAGCGAUAUGGACUUGAGGGAUUCUCAAUCGAGCGUAUGUGACCAAAGACGGACUGAUAUAAAGAAAGUGGCCGAAAGAAUCGAGGAAAGCAUCAAAAAGACAAACUGGGCCGAGAGGAAGACCCUGUCGAUCAUAGAACAAUUGAAGCGCUCGCAGCGCCUUCGAAAAAUGAAGAAAAACGAAAGCGUCGAAAACAUCCAAGUCGAAUCCGAGAGGAACUACGUCUACAACCGAAUAGACGGCAAAGUACUAGAGAACGCGCAUAAGUCAAGCCGACGGUCGUCCAAACUGCACUCGAGGAGCGCAAAAUCGUCCGAACUCGAGUCCGAGUGCUCCGACUUCCCGAACGGCGACGCGUACGGCAGCUCGCCGAGGCUGGACUACGGGGCCGACGACCGGUCGAGGCUCGGGCACUACGUCCGGAACGACGAGACUCGAGACGAGGCGAAAUCCCGGCCGACGCCGCCGCGGAAGCCGCUCCGGCUGUCGCUGCACAAGGCGCGCAGCGCGCACUCGCUGGCCAACGGGGGCAACGGGAGCGAGUCGGAGGCCGCGAGCCGGCCGCCGUCGGAGGCGCAGUCGCUCUGCAAGCGGCCCGUCAAGCGCACGUACGCGGCCGAGCGUUGGGCGCGCGAGCGCCUGCGCGACGGCGGCCGCGCCACGCCGCGCCCCGCGCGCCGCCUGCCCGCCGCGCCCGCCGCCGACGACCUCUACCCCGACCGGAUGCACUCCGUAGGCAAGUGGUGCUAGUCGCAGGCGGGACUCGUUAGCUCGAUUAGAAAUUGCGUUUGAUCUGUGAGCGGGGUGAACAUGGACAAACGUGGUCCUAAACUGAGUUGUACGUCAGUGAGUCGUUAGGGUAGAUAUCAAUUCUAAUAAUUACAUAAGAUGACGGUACGAACUUUACGAUUAUGGAAUAUAAUAUGAAGUACACCCCGGGAUUAGAGGCAGAUUUGUCGCCUUGGGUGACCUAGGGCCGUAGCAGGUGCCACCGCCUACUCGGCCUAGAUAUGGAAAUCCGCCCCUGCCCGGGAUAUAAACGAUCAUCCCUCACUUUAAUGCAACUCUUUGUGCUGAGAUGGUACAUAUAUUAUUUUCCAAUCUAUAGAAUAUAACUACAUACCUUGUGAUAUAAAACAUUUACUCAUGUGACCAGUGUAUAACCAGAGGCGACGGUAGCGAAGAUAAAGACCGACUCCGAUGCUACUAAAGUUAAUUGUGUAAAUUUUGAACAAAAGCUAAUAUUUUGUAAUAACAUUUGUUCAAACUGAAUUGAACCCAUGGCAACACUGAGAAUGAGGAUGAGACGAUUGACGUGAUGAUAACGAGAAGUGAUGAUGAACGAGGCUUUACAAACAUAUGAAUACAUAUUUUUGGAUGUUAAACUAUACCAAUGUUGAAUUGUGUAAAUAUAAGUUAAAACUUGAGCACCCACCGUUAAAUACUCACCUGUAUUAUGUAUUUAUGAAGGAAAUAA